AUGCAUAAUUGCCUUGGUGCAUUAGACAACACAUAUAUCAAGGGGAACGUUCCAGCACAUGAGAGGUCGCGAUAUAGAACACGAAAGGGUGAUGUUGUCACAAACGUCUUUGGAGUCUGUGAUACCAAAGGCAAUUUUGUUUUCGUACUAGCCGGCUGGGAAGGAUCCGCUGCCGACUCUUGCAUCCUUCAAGAUGCUAUUUCAAGACCGAACGACUUGAAGGUGCCGAAGGGAUUUUACUACCUAUGCAAUGUCGAGUACCUUGAUGUUGAAGGUUUCCAAGCUCCAUACAGAGGGCAAAGAUACAACCUUCAAGAGUGGCGUGGAGCGAAAAAUCCACCGUCAACAACGAAAAAGUUCUUCAACAUGAAACAUUCUUUUGCACGAAAUUAUAGCAAGUUCUUUAAGGGUCCCAAGCACUUGUGGACAAAAGAGGAGAACGCAACCCUCAUGGAAUGUCUAGUGAAGUUGGUCAACAGCGGUGGUUGGAAGUCCGACAACAAAAUUUUUAGACCCGGGUACGAGGGAUUUGCCAUUGGCGAUGGCAAUGAUAUGGAGAUCCCUAUUAUGUUUAGUCAAGGACUAAACAUGUUGCUUGGUGAAUUUAUGGGCAGUCGACCUGAGCGGUCAGGUGACAGUAGGAAUGCUUCAAGUGGGUCAAAGAGGAAGAGACCGUGA